AUGCUCAACAUCAAGAGAAUUGAUAGGGUGUCCAAUGCUAAAAUCUAUGAUCUAACUCAGAAAGCCCCGCUAGUAGAAAAUGUCAGAACCCGCCAACUGAGGUUUCUGGGCCAUGUACUCAGGAUGCCUGAUGAUGAGCCAUGCAAGGAGUACGCACUGUAUAUUCCACCACGUGGGAAGAGAAAACCAGGAAGGCAACGAACCCUGUUUCUCAGAUACAUUCAACACCUUUUGGGAGACACAGACGACAUGAUUGGCCCGGGCAAGCUGUCUGAAUUGGAGGGGGACAUGGGGGUUUACGGCAUUGCGGUAUUGGGCUUUUUUUCAUGCGGUAUUUCGGUAAUUUUAAUUUUAACGUGCGGUAUUGCGGUAUCAUCUAGCUCUGCGGUAUGCGGUUUUUCAUCAUUUUGGCUGACGGUAUUCGGUGAAAAAAGAUUGUUCACGGUAUUACGGUACCGUUUAUUUGCGCUUUCCUUUCGAUACAAUACGCAAAACAAAACACAGUAAGACAUAAAGGUCAAUAAAAGUUAAUAUUUAGAAGUCUUGAGACAUAACGGUAAAUGAUUACACCAUUUGUGGGUCAUUUUGUGACAGUUAAUGGUCGAUAAUAUACAAUGUGAUUGUUGUUGCAUCCAAUGAUAAUGAGUCGUCUCAAGUUACCUUACUAGGUUUGUCGAUCUGUGUACCUGUGCCGGUAAUUCGAGGUCUUAAACGUUUUCUCACAAUGUCUGAGGUCGCUGAGGUUGAAGACGGCGUGUUCAUCAUUGACUGUGUGGCAAUUUUGUAUGAAGAGGGCGAAGGAGGCGAACAUUAUUGCAACAAGAAUAAGUUUAGAUGUUGGGUUCGAGAAUUAAAAAACGCCUUUUAAAGUUAAAAGCGAAAAUUUGGUAAGUUUGCCUCUUAACAGCGCGGCGUCAUCCUCGGAGACCCAGGGGCAGAUAAAGGGGCGAGGGAAAGUCUAAACGGGCGGAAAAAUAUAUAUGGAACGAAGAAAAGUAAAGAACGGCGAGAAGAGCCCCUGGGACAAUUUUACCAGAUCAGUUCCAAACAGUCGCCGCCGUUCUGGCUUCUGAUUGGUGCCAGAAAACUUGUGUUUUUCUGGCACCAAUCAGAAGCCAAAACGGCGGCGACCGUUUGGAACUGGUCUGGUAAGACAUUGUCCCCAGGGGCUCUUCUCGCCGUUCUUUACUUUUCUUCGUUCCAUAUAUAAAUUAGACAAUGUCAAUCAUUGAACAUUUUUAAAGUUUUUCUAAAGACACAUCUUUUUAAAUUAGCUUUUUAUUAGUUCUUUUAUUAACUCAUAUUUUACUUUUUAUUGUUUUCCGAAAAUUGUAAAUUAUUAUUAUUAUUAUCAUUAUUUGGAUUAGCCAUUUAUUACUUUAGGAUUUUAGUGUUGUAAUGCGCAUUCGAUCAUAUCUUUAUCGCAUGCUAGACUGCGCAAAAUAAGAAAUAAACAUUAUUAUUAUUUAUUAUAAAUUUUUCCGCCCGUUUAGACUUUCCCUCGUCCCCACUAUCUGCCCCUGGGUCUCCGAGGAUGGCGCGACGUGUGAUCUGACCCCUGAGAGACUGACGUGCUAGACUAGACUCACUUUAUAUCAAAACUCGCACUAGACGUGCGUGGAAAGGGUUUUGGUUGGUUUGUUUUUCGCGCUUUCAAGAGUUAUUUUUAUUGGAGUUAAUUAGCUGUUGGGUCGAAAUACCAAAAGGCUGAACGAAUGUAGUUUACUUUUCAGUGAAAAUUUGCGGAAAAUUGCGAACUACCAAAAUAUUAAAAAAAACAUGGACAUCUGGUGCAUAAAUGCCUGAGAUAAUUAAACGCGCUAGAUGGAAGCAACCAUAAGUAUGCGCAACCGAUUAUAAAUGUGAUUAAAAUAUACGGUAUCGGUAUUUAGACGAUUUUCGACGCGGUAUUUCGGUAUUUGCCAUUUUUUCUUACGGUAUUGCGGUAUUAGGUACCCCCCAAUGUCCCCCUCGAAUUGGCACAGGAUCGUUGUGGCUGGAGGAAGCUCGUAGUCGCCUGCUCUGCAGCCGACCGAUCAUGA